AUGGCAUACCCGCCUCCUCCAGGCACCAAUUCUCUCCCGCCGCGACCUCCAGCCAGCGGUGGCAACAGUACCAACAUCGGCCGAUCGGGCUUCAAGCCCGCGUUCUCGUCAAGUUCGAAUUCCCAAGGCCACACGUACGCGAGCGGUCCGUCUUACAAUACUGUCGCCCCAGGAUAUUCUGGCGGCUCAGCUGCGACCCAAUAUGGCCCAUCUUCGUACUCGAACUAUUCCGGCGCGCCUGCUGCCAACGUGAGCAGCGCAGGGCGAGGAUAUGGAUACCAAUCAGCACCACAGCAGAGCUACGGUCCUCAGAGCUACUCCCAGGGUCCCACGUCAUAUUCUGCAGCACCGCAAAUCAGAAAUCCGUUCCCAAUGCCUGGCCAGGCCCAGCCAGCUGCAGCAUCCAACCCGAGCGACUAUGACCCCGACAUGGCUGCGCAAAUAGCCCAGUGGCAGAGCGCAUACUCUCGCGACGCUCCGCAAGCUGUUGACAAAAACGGCAAACCCAUUGCCCCCGACGUGCCAAAGCCAGAUAUCCCUGCCACCACUGUCCCUGGUCAACCCGACAAGAAGAAGACGGUGGUCCGUCAAGGCGGCGGCAAGAAAUGGACGGACGACUCGCUCCUCGAAUGGGACCCUGCCCACCUGCGUCUCUUUGUGGGCAACCUUGCCGGUGAAACAACAGACGACUCUCUCCUCAAGGCCUUUGCGCCAUGGAAGUCAGUACAAAAAGCCCGUGUCAUCCGCGACAAGAGAACGAACAAGUCUAAGGGCUAUGGAUUCGUCAGCUUCAGUGACGCAGAUGACUUCUUCAAUGCCGCCAAGACCAUGAAUGGACAGUACAUCCAGAGCCACCCCGUCAUUGUCAAGAAGGCCAAUACGGAAAUCAAGACCUCGAACGUCAAGGAUAAAAAGGGCGGCGGGAAGAACAAGAACAACUGGAAAAAGUCGGGCAACCAGCAAGGCGGUGGCGGCAAUGCUGGUGGCAGUGGUGGGUAUGAGCCAGCCCUUGGUCCUGUCGCGCCAACAGGCGUAACCAAGCCUGGACAAAAGACCAAGAACGGUUUACGACUGCUGGGAUAG